CUGCAUCCCGCCACCUACUGUGCUGGAGUGUGUAGUCAAUCACAGUUUACAACAUUUCUAAAUCCUCCUACCUAACUCGGUACUAUUUUAGUUUUUAAGGGUGAAAUAUUUCUAUAACGCUUGUUUGGACGACCGGCAGUUUUUGCGUUUCCUGGAUUGUUACUGCGCAAGCGCAAUUUCGUGAGUCCUUGGAUGAUCCGCCUGCUGUAGGUUACGCAGCCUGUAAAGGGACACCGACAAAAUGCAGAGCUGGAAUCAAGUAUAUCGCACUCUGGCAACGCGUAGCCACCAACUACCGAAUAGGCUCCAGGGUGCAACUGUUCUCUCUGUCAGAACAUACUCUGACAAAGCACAAAUUGAUGCUGAUGUCACAGUGGUGGGCUCUGGUCCUGGUGGAUAUGUUGCCGCAAUCAAAGCAGCCCAACUUGGUUUCAAGACUGUGUGUGUGGAAAAGAAUCCCACCCUAGGCGGGACCUGUUUGAAUGUCGGCUGUAUCCCUUCAAAGGCCCUGCUGAACAACUCCUACCUGUACCACCAGGCCAAUGGCAAGGAUUUUGAAAGCAGGGGCAUUGAAAUCUCGGGGAUCACAUUGAACCUGGAGAAGAUGAUGUCACAGAAGAGCGGGGCAGUCAAAGCACUGACAGGAGGCAUUGCACAUUUAUUCAAACAGAACAAGGUGACGCACGUGAACGGCAAUGGGAAGAUCACGGGCAAGAACCAGGUGACGGCCACGGCCGAGGACGGCAGCAUGCAGGUCAUCAACAGCAAGAACAUCCUCAUUGCCACUGGCUCCGAGGUCACGCCCUUUCCGGGGAUCGAGGUUGAUGAGGACACGGUGGUGUCCUCCACGGGAGCACUGGACCUGAAGAAGGUGCCUGAGCAUCUCAUAGUCAUCGGAGCCGGAGUCAUCGGGGUGGAGCUGGGGUCAGUGUGGCAGCGUCUGGGCUCCAAGGUGACAGCGGUGGAGUUCCUGGGCCAUGUGGGCGGCUUGGGCAUCGACAUGGAGAUCUCCAAGAACUUCCAACGCAUCCUUCAGAAGCAAGGCAUAAAGUUCAAGCUGGGCACCAAAGUCAUGGGCGCCACCAAGAGGCCCGACGGCCAGAUCGACGUGGCUGUGGAGGCGGCAGCCGGCGGGAAGAACGAGACUCUGACGUGUGACGUGCUGCUGGUGUGCAUCGGCAGACGGCCCUUCACCAGGAACCUGGGCCUGGAUACCGUGGGCCUGGAGCUGGACAACAGGGGACGCAUACCAGUCAACAACCGCUUCCAGACCAAAGUACCCAGUAUCUAUGCCAUUGGUGACGUGAUCGCCGGGCCCAUGCUGGCACACAAGGCGGAGGACGAGGGCAUCAUCUGCGUGGAAGGCAUGGCCGGGGGCGCCGUGCACAUCGACUACAACUGUGUCCCCUCUGUAGUCUACACACACCCCGAGGUGGCAUGGGUGGGGAAGACGGAGGAGCAGCUCAAAGAGGAGGGCAUCCCAUACAAGGUGGGUAAGUUCCCGUUUGCCGCCAACAGCCGAGCCAAAACCAACGCAGACACCGAUGGCCUGGUGAAGAUCCUCGGCCACAAGGAGACCGACCGGAUAUUGGGCGCUCACAUCCUGGGCUCUGGGGCAGGAGAGAUAAUCAACGAGGCGGCGCUCGCCAUGGAGUACGGCGCGUCCUGCGAGGACGUUGCCAGAGUUUGCCACGCACAUCCCACUGUGUCCGAGGCCUUCAGAGAAGCUAACCUUGCAGCCUCCUUCGGGAAAGCUAUCAACUUUUAACUGUCUUUGCCCGCACAGCUAUGUACAUAACCGUUUUGUCCACAACGUCCCCAACCCAGAAUUGUCUGUCUACAAUCAACGCACACAUAAUGUACCGUGACACCCUCAGGGGGAUACUCUAUAUACAUAAAGACAAAUUGUGUACUACAUUUUAAUAUGGUAUAUAAAUGUUCUCAAUAAAGGGGAUUUGGGUGGUUAAAAACAGACGGGAGAAUAGUCUUGACUUUCUACUUGGAAUGGUUCGCUGCUAUAUAAAUGACUCACAGGAUAUCUAGCAUUUUCCCAACACCACUUUCUUAGUGCAGUGCUCAGAUGUAUAUUAUUCAUAGUUUCAGAGAAUGGUCAUGGGUUGGCUGGACUACUGCUGUAUUUACCAAUAAGAGAUAAGCCUUGACUCAAGUUUUUCUUUUCUUUUUUUUUUAAAGACUGAAGCAUAACGAAACAGCUUUUCAAAAGAAGGCAGUUGGAAAGGCCCAAGCAGCAACUGGCUUGUAUGAAUUGCAAUACUUGAAUUUAAAUAUGGCUGUGCAGUGUCAUUAUGUGUGUGUGUACAAUUUUGCUCAAUUCUGACCUCUGCAAAAAAAAUAAAUGCAGUAAUGAUUCAGAACUCUA